AUGGCGACUCAACUCGCAGCCGGCCCUAUGCCAUCCCAGCCGGAGGGCUCCCACUCGUCCCAUCCUUUCACCUGCAACACCUGUCAGGUCGCCUUCCGCUCCAGUGAACUGCAGCGCACCCAUAUGCAAAGCGAUUGGCAUCGAUAUAACCUCAAGCGUCGAGUGGCGUCGCUACCCCCACUAUCCUCUGAGAUCUUCGCUGAGAAGGUCCUUGCAAACAAGGCAUCCGCUGCCGCCACAGCCGCGAAGGCAGCUUUCGAGAGGCCAUGUGCGGCUUGCCAGAAGACAUAUUUCAGCGAGAACGCCUACCAGAACCAUCUGAACAGCCAAAAGCACCGGAUAAACGUGCUCAGACAACAGGGAGGGGGGUCAGUGACAGGCACAGACGAUGAGACUGGCUCUAUGAUCAGCUCAACCUUUUCCCUCGGUGAGCCGAUUGAUACGGCAUCGAACGGUCUCUCGCACGAGGCGGAGGCAGAAUUCCAGGACGUGGUAGACAGCAUGAAGCAGACUUCGCUGCAGGAUGGAGAGCCCAUCUCACGCCGCCCAACCCGGCCGCAUCAUUCCGCAGUCGAAGAGGACGCCCGCCCAGCUCAUCCCCUUUCACCUUUAACCACUCGCAGCACCACCGCCAGCUCCCAGACCGAAUCCGCAACUUCCGAGCCGAAACUUUCUUGCCUCUUCUGCAACUUCCUCUCGCCGACCUUCCCGCUGAACAUCCUGCAUAUGCAACGUCAUCAUGGCAUGUUCAUUCCGGAACGAGAGUUUCUGGUCGAUGAAGAGGGUUUGGUGGCCUAUCUACACGCCAAGAUCCACGAGGACCACCAAUGCUUGUAUUGCGGCAAGUUGAAGCACACGGCCGCCGGCAUUCAGACACACAUGCGGGAUCGCGGCCACUGCAUGAUCGCCUUCAACACUGAGGAAGAGAUGAUCGAGAUCGGCCAGUUCUACGACUUCCGCUCCACCUACUCCGACGGUGAGGGCGACGACUCAGAUGCCACAAGCACCGAAGACGCCGCGGACGCACCGGCCCAAGGUGGCGUCAAACUCGGCGCUCCUCGUCGCGCCAAACUGACCGUCGAGAAUCUCGACGCCUCACAGCCCGACGCCGAGAUGGCGGACGGCGACAAAGACGACGAGGGUUGGGAAACAGACAGCACGCUCUCGACCGUGCCAACCGACGAGAUUACCUCCGUUCCCAUUGACGAUCGCUCACAUCUCUACGCCACGCUAGCACGAAGCAGGCACCACAGCCACACGGAUCCGCGCCCGCACCGUGCAGCCGAUGGCUUCCACUCUCACGCUCAUGGUAUGCCGCACGCCGUUUACCAUGACGACCACGAGCUACAUCUCCCCAGUGGUCGUGUGGCCGGACACAGGAGCUUAAACAGGUAUUUCCGUCAGAACCUCCGCAGCUACGAGAGCGGUGGUGGCCCAGGUUUGCCAUCCAGGCGGGCCAUCGAAGCCGGCUCCUCGACCAGCGGGUCCGACGGAGAGAGGGCAGAGGAUGGCGAUCGAGGCAGGGGAAGAAACGCAUUGAUAUCGAGGGCGAACGGAGGAUUGGGCAUGGUGGGUGUAAGUGACGCAACGAGGAGAGAGGUGACCAAAGUGGAGAAGAGGGAAAGGAAGAGGGAGCAACGGGCACAGGCGAGGUACCAGUGGGGCAACAACAAGAGGUCGAACUUCCAGGAACACUUCAGGGAUCCAUUGCUGCAGUGA